CAGCCAGCUCAGCUCCCAUGCGCUGCAGCAGAAGUUUCUGCCCCUUCCCAUGGGACAUGGGGUUUCUCCCGCGCUGUUCCUGCCUGCUUAGGGUGGUUCCCACCGGCAUGACUCCGGCUAGGGGGAUCCACCAUCUCCCCUCUGCACCCCUGCAAGGUGCCUCAUCGCUCCCGUUCUCCAGGCAAACUCCCGGCCAUCCCGGCCAGCCAUUGCGCAUCUGCAUCCUGAGUCUCAGAAAGCACGAUGUGCUUUUUCCAGUGACUCAUUCUCUGAGCUUUUCAUUUCCUCUUUGUUUUUUUUUUCUUUUUAAAGGCACAACCUCAGCCGUGCACACAGCAGAAGCCAAGCGCCUGCUUUUUGCCCCACCCAAGCUCACGGCCUGAGAACAACCUCCUCCCUCUUCCCAAAAGCCGACAGCGGAGGGCAUGUUUCAAACUGAAUAAGGAAGCCUUUCAAACUAUUAAGGCUGUUUUCGAAAGCUUCCACUUCCAUCAGACCAGCCUCGGCUGCAUCCCGACUCCAGCACAGCCAGCCCUGUGUGCUGCUGGAAACCCCCCUGCGACCAGAGCCUGAGCGAAAAACACAGGAAGGGCUGAGAAGGCUCCACAACUGGUUUCAUCAACUUUUUCAAGUUUGGGAGAUCAUCAAGAGUUUGCCAGUGACGCUGACAAGAAUUACCUCUGCAGGAGGUGACUAAAACCAAAGAGAAGGAAAGAGGACAAACAUGCCAUUGAGAGGGACAGAAAGAGAUGUCCCACCUGUCAUCUUUGCUGUAGUGAAGCUUUUGGAGGGCUUAGUGGAAAACUAAAAUGGCUGAGGUUUCACAUAUUGCUUAGGCAAAGUCCCUUUUCAGCCCCUUUUGAAAUAACCCUGGUAUCAGCAACCAGCUCCAGAGACUGGGACACCAGGUGGGAGGAAGGGACAUCAGUGAAGGUGUCUUGCUCCUGGAACAGCUCCUUGCACACCAGCUAGCACCAGGCCAUUUCACCCCCCAGUGGAGUGUUCCUCAGUGCUGGGGGCUGAGCCAGCACGGCCCCCCACUGCAGCACACGGACGAGAUGGCCGCCCUCGUCGCUGAGAACUUCCGCUUCCUCUCCUUGUUCUUCAAGAGCAAAGAUGUGAUGAUCUUCAAUGGUUUGGUGGCCCUGGGGACAGUGGGGAGUGAGGAGCUCUUCUCAGUUGUUGCCUUCAAUUGCCCCUGCUCCCCUGCCCGCAACUACAUCUAUGGGCUGGCGGCCAUCGGUGUCCCGGCCCUGGCCCUCUUCCUCAUUGGUGUCAUCUGGAACAACCACACUUGGAACCUGGUGGCUGAGUGCCACAAGCGUGGCACCAAAAAUUUCUCUGCUGCUGCCACCUUCCUCCUCUUCGGCUCCAUAAUGGGCCGGGCAUCCGUGGCACCCAUCACUUGGUCGGUCAUCUCGCUGCUGCGUGGGGAAGCUUACAUCUGUGCCCUCAGCGAGUUUGUCAAGCCAUCCUCCCUGGACAAGUUUCCAUCUGAGUAUGGGGCCGAGGUGCUGGCCAAGUUCCCCUGUAGAGACGUCCCAGCAAACCUCACCAAGUUCAGGGACGAGGUGACACGGAGGCUGAGAUACGAGUCCCAGCUCUUUGGCUGGCUGCUCAUCGGCAUUGUUGCGGUCCUGGUUUUCCUCACCAAGUGCCUGAAGCACUGCUGCUCGCCGCUGAGCUACCGGCAGGAGGCCUACUGGGCCCAGUACCGCUCCAACGAGGACAAGCUCUUCCGACGCACGGCCGAGGUCCACUCCAGGAUCCUGGCAGCCAAGAACGUGAAACAGUUCUUUGGCUUUGUGGCACUGGACAAAGAGGAGAAGGAGCUGGUGCAGGAGUUCCCAGUGGAGGGUGUCCAGCCGAGCCCCCAGUGGAAUGCCAUCACAGGCGUCUACAUCUACCGGGAGAACAAGGGCUUCCCCCUCUACAGCCGCCUCCACAAAUGGGCCAAAGGGGUGGAAGGGAACGGGCCAACCCCAGAAGGCCACGAACUGCUGUUUUUGGCUUCCUAAGACAGAUGUGCACCAGCAGCACUUCCCCAGACUGCCUGGCAGGCCUUCCAGUAUAGGUGCACUGGGAACAUUCCUCCCAGCAGGAUUACUUCUCUCAGCAGGUAAACAGGAAUCAAUAGCCACAAGGCAGAGAUUAAUAAGCAAUACCCCGAGCUGGGGAACCCCUCCCUCAGAGACAACAAUCUCACUGCUGUUCCCAGAGACACAGGGGAGCAAAGAGCAGAUGCAGCCCUUACCUCCAGGCUGCCCGUGCAGCCCACUGCCUGAUGCACCAGCAGAAGCCUUGGGGAGCAAGAGAUGGGCACAAUGUUUCUCACUGUGAUUCCUGCAGUCCCACUUGUCACCCACACAGCAGGGUUAGCCCCAGCCACCCUAUACACCUACUUGUUUUAUUGACAUUAAUAUCUUACACACUUGUGUGAUGCCUGUUACACAGGCAGGUCCCAGAGCACUUUACAGACUUUACAGUGCAGGGAAAAGAUGGAAGCAGGGGGUAAAUUCCUGGGGCAAGGAGGAUGCAAUAGCAUCUGGGAAGGAAUGGGUGAGUAACAUAGCCACACACCAAAAAACUGAAGAGACUAAAGCAAGAGGAAUCACAAUAUUCCUGGUAUUCAGAAAGGCACUCUGUAAUUACCAAGUCGAAAUUUGGGUAGGACAGCAAACUCCCUUUGUUCUUACUAAAGUGCCUGGCAAUCUCUAAUGAACCCAAAUGGUCACCACCAUGAGUUUAUAAACCCAGAGGAGGCACCAUCAGCAGAACAGUUUUGAGGCAAGGUAGCGAGGUGGAGACUGAGAGGAAUCAGUACCCACAGUGAGCCACACCACUGUCUGCAGCUCAUUGAAUUUCUCAUUCAGCCAUUGGAUAAGAGUCCUUUGUUUGGGUUGCAAGCUGCAGGAAGACCUCAACCAGAAUUAGCUUUCCAUAUAUGUAUAUAUAAACACACAUAUAGUGUAUGUACAAUGUAACCAUAGUUAGUCAGUUGCAUUAAUGGAGCAUCUUUCUCUGAGGGGAAGGGAAUGACAAAGCUGCCAGCCCAAAGAGCACAUUACAUUCACCCAUCUGCUGCACUGGGACUGCAGCCCUGGAGCAACAAGGGACAGCACGAACAGGAUGGGGGAGCAGCCCUCUCCCUACCCAUCUACCACUGAAUUUUCUAAAACUCUUUCCACUGCCUUAAUUGGCCCCUGGAGCAGAAGGUCUCUUUUAUGGACUUGGCCAUACUCUGGGAAAGCAAAACCAGAAAGGUGUAAAAUUACUACCCUCACCAUGACACCGUGUGACUACGGCUUCACGGCUGCUCCUCUGGCAUUGCUCAGUCCUUUUCUCCCAGGGGUCACUCCUGUGUACCCAACACUGUUUAAAGAGCUGCCACGACAGAGAAGUUUGUUUUUUCUACUUGAACUGUUUUGUUACAGGUACAACUUCCUUCCACACUGUGCCAUUUACCAAAAAGCCUUAAGUUGUUCAAAAAACAGCUCAAACCCACAGAACUCAGAGGGGCUUGCACACAAGGAGAUUUGAAAUAAAUUAUUAAAUGAGAGUUA